AAGUGCCAUCCCCUGCGAUAGUGUCAUUUAAAUUUUGAAAAAAGCUUUCGAAUCGAAGGGUGUUUUUUCGUAAAUUAAUGCUUCGCUUAAUCCAAUAAAGAUCAAAAGCAGUAGCUAUGUGGAUGCCAGCGGCUAUUGAGUGUGUUUGUUAUCUACCGGAGCUAAAAUGCUGCACACGGAAGCGUUGCAAAAUAACGGUCACCCGGGUGGCAUCUAUGCACCGUUAAGGCAGGCGAUGAGCGAUUCCGAAUCCGACGAAGAGAUCGAGAUACACAACGCCAGCAAGUAUAGCCGCAAUCCAGAGUCCUCGACGAAUCCUCUCCAGCUGCAAGCCCAACGAAGUCGCAUUCCGCCAAACAGUUUACCUUUGAAGUCGCCCCAUACGCGGGCCACAACUUCCACAAGGAUAGUGACCAGGAAUCCAACAAACGGAGGCUAUCCGAACAGGAACCCACAGAAAUUUCAACUGGAGGGCAGUAGCUACGCGACCAACAUGCAGAACACUUUUCGCUCCGUCAUGCUGAGUGAUAAUGGUGGGGUUGGAUCCGAGUUGUCCAACUUCAACAGCGAAUUCGACUCUAAUGCCGACAAUGUGGCCAUUCUAGGCAGCACGCAGGGACUAGAGGCAUCCAAACGGACCCCCAUGUCCCCGGCAAGGCGCUGCUGCUUCAUCGGGAGCCUUCUCCUUUGUGUCUUUGCCGUAGUCUCUUUUGUUUGGCUGGUUCCGUGCGGAAAUGCCGAUGGAACCGGCGCCUGUCCAGCUGUCGGGGAUCGCAUCAAGACCCACAACUGGCUAAACAACUACACCCGGGCGGAGCUCAAGGGAGGAGUCAAUGUAGUGGGUGGACUGCGUAUCUGGGAGAACAACCUGAUAUUCAUGUAUCGCGGCGAUGCCUUCUUUCCCGAAUUCCGGCCAGGCAACGAGCGCCGCAAUGGGAUAAUUUGCCUGAUAGGCAGCUCCGGAGCAGUGGCCUGGUUUGUGGAAAUGGUGGAUGAGCCGGUGGCUUUGGACUGCACUCUGAUUGAUGUCGAUGGCAAUGGAAAGUCAGAUUGUCUGGUGCUGGACGAAUAUGGUGAACUGGGCGCCAUCAAUCCCGUCUCCGGACAGUGGCUCUGGUGGUUCAAGGAGCGAUCGGCCCGUAAAGUGGACGCCUUUGAUUUUCCCAUCAUUCUUCCGGAUCUUGAUAACGAUGGAGUGCUGGACUUGCUGCUGGUGACUAGUUUGUCGCUGGAGCAACGUACCAAGUCGCUGGCACAGCAGAAACACGAGCCGCCUGCCCAACUGGAGGCGCGAAAUGUGCUGCGUUUGCUUUCCGGCCGAAAGGGCAGCCCCAUUGGCGAGGGCUUCCGCAUCCACGAUUGCCUGAGAUUGAAUAACAUCAAAUUGUUGAAUAACCUGGAAGGCGGGAAUGUCAGCUUCUCGUGCCAAAGAUCCAACGGAACGGAGCAGCCGAGGUCCAAGAGCCUGGCGGAACUGUUCGCCCUCAUUACCAACAAGUCUAUUGUGGGCCAGAGACUGCUUCCGUCCUCGAAGAUCUCCCAGCACCGCAAUCAUGGGCAGCGGCGCGAAGCGGAUUCCCAGAAGAACAUAUACUCGUUGAGCGGAAGGGAGCUGGUGGUCGAAAACCGAGGGCGAUGUCCGGAGGAUUGCAAUGUGACCUUUGUCCUGAGCGAAGUUCGCAACGGAAAGCCAAGUGUCUUCCGUAGCUUCAGCGAAAGCGGAAUGUACGGAAUGGUUCCGGCCCAGUGGCACUUUAAGAACUCGAAGAACCAGAUGUCCGGCUUCGUGAUGAAAUUCUGGAAGUGGCAUGGCCUGGUGAAGCCCACGAAACCGAGCUCCUCCAGCAACAAUGUCCAGAAGAGUGGCAGCAGCAAUCACACAAAGAACAUGAACGCCAUUAAGGACAAGGAGAAGCUGCAGGAGAAAAAGAAGCAGCAGCAACAAAGGCUAAAGAGGAGCAGUCGUGCCCCAGCUGAGGAGCACCGAUUCCCACCAUCCCACCAAGAAUUCGACGUCUUUGGGCAUUUGGUGCAGAAGAGGGAGACCUUUGGGGUGCCAUCCAAGAACCAAACGAAAGCAAAUGGCAUGUCUGGCAUCACCGGAGGCAGCUACAAAAUGCAGAUGAUCACCGAAACCGUGAUGCUGGUCAUCUUCGUUGGGGCCGAUACCCGAAUCGAAAACACUUCGCAGAGCAACAUCGUCCAAUUUUGCAGGAACGAUCGGAACGAAGUGGUGUGCCAGCCGGACCUAAACAACCAAGAGUACUCAACCCUUAUUGCCGAUCUGGAUCAGGAUGGUUCCCAGGAGCUGGUCACGUACACGUCCACCUUCGUGCACCCCGAGGAGAAGCCGCUCAGCGAGUGGAAGCUACUCACCUAUGUGCGACUGCUGCGCCUCCAGUCGGAGCUGCCCGUGUUCUACGAGAACGUGAUGCACAACUAAAGAGUGGACCGCCAGGAAGGAACGUGCAUUUAGCCAAGCGUUAACCCAAUUUAAACUAGUCACAUACAUUGCAUUGUACAUUAAUAGAACCUUUUGUAGCCUCCCAUAAUAAACUGAUAUUGUAAACCAUA